GCGCCCCGCGCGCCCCCGCACCCGGAAGCACUUUCCCUCCCACGUCAGCAGCCGGCGUGUGACAGCCGGUGGCGGUUGGGCGGCCUGGCCUCCCUCCCUGCCCCGCUCCCUAGCCGCUCCCUCGCGGGCCGUGCAUGUUCUGUCGCUGCCCGCUGGUGGUAGCGGCUCGCCUCAGCCCUCGCGCUCGCUGCCUCCGAACCGCCGCCGCUCCGCGCCGCCUCCUCCUCCUCAUGAAGCCGCUGGUUGUGUUCGUCCUGGGCGGGCCCGGGGCUGGCAAGGGGACCCAGUGCGCCCGCAUCGUGGAGAAAUAUGGGUACACCCACCUUUCUGCAGGCGAUCUCCUUCGAGAUGAACGAAAAAGACCAGGCUCUCAGUAUGGAGAACUAAUUGAAAAAUAUAUUAAAGAGGGAGCAAUCGUACCAGUUGAGAUUACUAUCAGCUUGUUGAAGAGGGCUAUGGAUCAAACAAUGGCUGCCAAUGUCCAAAAGUACAAAUUCUUGAUUGAUGGAUUCCCCAGGAAUGAAGACAAUCUUCAAGGCUGGAAUAAGACUAUGGAUGGAAAGGCAGACGUGUCUUUUGUUCUGUUUUUCGACUGUGACAAUGAGAUAUGUAUUGGCCGCUGCCUUGAAAGAGGAAAGAGCAGUGGUAGGAGUGAUGACAACCGAGAGAGUCUAGAAAAGAGACUUCAUACAUACCUGCAGUCAACUAAGCCCAUAAUAGACCAAUAUGAGAAAAUGGGAAAAGUCAGGAAAGUGGAUGCCUCUAAAUCUGUUGAUGAACUGCCUUCUCACAGGAAGAUAGGAGGGCUAGAGAGGGCUCCAUGUAGGAAGUCAACUGGAGUUAUGAUGUGCUUCCUGUUCACCCUGGGGCUGAAUGCAUUGCAUCACAAUGCUAUUAACCUUUGCGCGUUCAGGACCAAGGAACCAAGCUGUAGUUCUUAACACUGAGACCCAGUGAAACAAGGUUUUUGGCAAGGUUGUGAACAUUUUUGACAAAGAAGGCUAGUUCCGUUCUUGAAAGUUCUCUUGAAAUUGUGCUUGAAUCUUGCUUUAAUAGCUGCUACUAAAUUCAACACUUUUGUAAUCGUUUUAAAGGUUUUUUUAAAUGUUUCUUGUGUUCACAGAUAGUUGGAAAAGCAAUUAAUUGAAAAUUAAAUUGUUUUUAAAUAGGAAUGGAUUCAUUUAUUGUGGCUAUAGUAUACAAUAAAUUUCAGGAUUCUUUUCUAACUUAGUUCAGUUACUUACAAAAUAAAGAUAGUAGUCAAAAUCAAUCUGGAGAGACUAUCAAUCCUUUUACAAUUUGUGCCAUUCAUGGGCAGCCUUUCUUAUCCCUUAUUGCCAUAAAUCUGUUUUUAAGAGUCCAUAAAUAGCAAUGCUCAGUGGCAGAGCCUACAUAUCUUUUUUUUUUUUUUUUUUU